UAACAGCCACUAGUGACAACAUUCAGAACAGUGCUACGACGGUAGGGAGUGGGACGCGUCUCUUUUCUCUGAUAACUAUUAAGUUUUUUUUACCCCUACGCGCUCCCCGACGAACUGGAAAUAUACAUAAGUACGAUGGGGAGUGAAGAGUUCAGCCACUUUCGCCCCUCUAUCGUCGUGAAAACAGAGCCCCUCGAAAGCACCGCGUUUGAAUACACCAGUCUGUCUGAAACCGAGUCUAGGGUCGUAUUUCGAAAUUACUACGAGGUGCACACAGACAGACACAUGGUGGAGAGAACAAGCUCUCUAGAAUCUUUGCAGAGUGGAGGCGAGAGUGAACAAGACAUGAGGGUGCGAAUGGAUACCACUGAGCGCUCGAUCGAACUACGUCCGCGAGAGGAGGUUAGCCGGAGUGAAUAUUUUUCGUUCCCGGCCUAUCGGGCAGAUUGGAAAACGGGCUCGCCUAGCCCAGAAGAAGAAAACUCGGAAGAGGGCGAAAAUAACAGCGAUCGCAUCGAAGAGGAGAGUAACACUUCGGAAGAAGCUCGCGGAUCACCGCAUAAUAAUGAUUCGUUACAAAUUUACUCAACAAGCCCUGCGCCUCGCGAUCACAACUCGAGCGCGGCUGUUAGUCGAGCACAACACGACAUUGUUAUCCCUGGAAUACCCUCAAACACACACAAUGGGAUAAACAUAGUCUUUCACAAGCAAUGUAAGCUCAAUAUGGACGCACCUGGCAAACUAUACAUCAGAGAAGAGCAUUCUCCCAACGAAAGCUAUAUUCCUCGCGUGCAGAGGUACACGCCAGACCUUCCUCCUUCGCUCGUGUACCCCACGCUAACGGAGCAACACAGUUUGAACGCCGUUCGUAACUCACGAGAGAGUCAAGAUUCUCACUCAUCAGGUUACGAUGCAAAAAGCCCACCGGCACGUUCGCCCGUGUUAAUUUGCGAGUGGAUCCACCUCGAGAAAAUGGUGAACCAAGUGUGUGGGAUAGGAUUUUAUCGGAUAGAGGACCUUGUAACACAUAUCACCGACGUUCACCUUGUUUCUGCCACGCCUGUUGGUUUCGUCUGUUGUUGGAAAGACUGCAUGCGAAAUGGACUGCCAUUCAAGGCUAAGUACAAGUUAAUCAACCACAUUAGAGUUCAUACGGGCGAGAAGCCAUUCAUGUGCAAUCAGCCGGGCUGUAGGAAGAGCUUCGCGCGUGCAGAGAAUUUGAAAAUACACGUUCGUACGCACACGGGCGAGAGGCCGUUCGCAUGCGAAUUCAAAGGCUGUGAUAAACGAUUUGCGAACUCAAGUGACCGCCGCAAACACAUUCAUGUUCACACUUUGGAAAAACCAUAUCGGUGUAAGUACAUUGGUUGCGACAAAAGUUACACGCAUCCUAGCUCGUUAAGGAAACACAUGAAGGUUCACGGGUUGAGAUCUGAAGAACAUUUUAAGAUGGUUCAUGGAAUUGCGCUAGGUAGUCGACCCGGCCUGUUUCGGCAACGAACCGAUAUAUAAACACAGGAAACUACUCUAAAAAUAUUCUCCUUUGCUAAGAGACAUUUGGAACGACUGAGAUAUCACAAAUUAAUCAUUUUCUCGUUCCUGUUUCGUUAAGGAAAUACAAAAGGAAUUUCUUUUCAGAUCCGGAAGUCCGUCGGCGGGUAUUGCUGUUGUCAACCACAUCUCCUCAAUGUGAAAAAUUCAAAACACUUGGUACAUGUUGUAUUUGUUUCCCAUUUGAACAAGUUAGGAUAUGAAACCUGAAAGUACUUGUUUUUGUCUUUAGUCUUUGAAAUCUUAGUGAUUAUGAAGCUGCAGAAUCUGCCGGAUUCAACGCAGUUUUGAUUUGUAAAUGCGACUCAAGCUUAUAAGCUUGGAUACGAAUUCUUUCUUCACUGGGGCAGGUCAUAUUGUCAACUUUUUGCGAGAACUUCAUUUCAUUUUUCAGUUGUUUUGAACCCGAUCGAUCGUUUAAAAGGAUGCUUUGAUUUUAAUUUCAAAAUCUCUUUUUUUGGUCGUUUCAAGGUGUAUCUUAAAAUAGCCAGUGUCAUGUUUUUCAUUUCAUUUCAAGAACCUUUACUUCAUUGUUCCUCUCGGGACAGAAAUUACAACUGAACAUAUUCUAUGAUAAAAGUCUUGAGAAAUAUAAGCGUCUAGUCGACUGAUUCUUCAACAAUUUUCUGUAGUUUUCAGGCGAGACGAGAAUAGGAACACACAGUUUUUAAAAUUACGUUUUAAGUUUGAUAGGUAUAAUAAAUGAGACAAUUCGAAAGUUUCCCUUUGAUUGUGUGAUCUAUUUAGCCUAAAAAUAACGUUAUAAAAUCGCAUUUUGAUAUUUCUGAAUACCUAUCCUUUAAGAUGUAACAAAUAAAACAAACUCUGCUUGUUCUCACUGA